GGGGGGGGAGGAGGAGAACACGAAGGCUGAGGCUGCUGCUGUGCUGGGGAGAGGAGAAAGGGGCAGGAAGACCUCCUCCUUCCUCAUCUCUGCAAGCGGGAAGGAGAACAACCCAUGCCAACCCCUGCAGCCUUUUUUUCCCUGCGGACUGUGCCGAACACGGGCAGUGUGGGGCUGUGGGUCUGUCCAACCUCCGCCCGCUCUGUGCCUUUCCAGGAGCUGCAGCAGCUCCCUUACCAGCUCCAGCUCACCACUGCCCUGUUUCAGUUCCCUAUUUGGGGUGAGCAGGCCGAGGUGCUGACAGCACCCAAACUCCCCUGGCGACCCCCCUUGUCUCCUCCGCAGCCUCCUGCCUGCUGCUGGCCCCACGCUGGGCUCUGGGGCUGCCUCCAUCCCUGUGUCCCCAUGCCGAGCAUCGCCCUGCGGGGGCUCAGUGCGCCCCGUUCCUGGCAGCAGGGCCCGACCACGCACUGCCUUCACCCCGCGGUGCCCCGAUCCCUUUUAUUUAAGCUCUCUGUAUCCGCUCCCUGCCCGAUGCGUGCCUGCAAUUUGGCUGGGUUCUCCCCUGCCCCCGGUGCAGCCUUUUUCUAUUCCCACGGAUUGUUGUACUCCCAAGAAAUAACGGGUUUCUCGUUUGUUUUAAUAAAAAUACAAAGCAGGAGGAGGGGGAGCUGCUGCUCGCUCAUCUCUUCCUCGCUCCCCAGGACCGCACCGUGCAGCAGACGGAGCCCUUUGGGGACACGUGGGGGGGUCUCAGCACUGUCCCUGCAUGGGGAUGGUGGCCGCCGCUGUGCCACCCCCAAACCCAGGGCUGCCACUCGCUCAGCCCUAUCCCAGUCCCACAGGUGGAUUUCCACAUGCCACAGCCACGCGCGCCCCUCCCCAGCCGUUCAUCCCAUGGGGUGGGUUGGGAGCGGGCUGGAUUUGUUCCUUUUUAAAAUUAUUUUUAAAGCAGGGCAGCCCAGGAGAGAUGGGAUUGCUGCUUUUGUGUGUGUCAGAGGGAUGCUGCUGGGGAAAAGGGGGGGACGUGGGGCUGGGGGGGCUGACCUGAUUUCCCGCGCAGCGCAGCCUCCGUAUAAAUAAUGCAGCGGUCGCUCAUCGCCUGCAGAGGACAGGAAGAGCCUCAACAGGGACACCUGGCCCCAAGUGGGGUUGGGAUGCACAGUGCUGCACGAUUCCAGCCCUGUGUGCAUGUGGGGUUGCACACUUGCACCCUUGCACACAGCCUUGCACACCUGUGGACUUGCACACAUCCAGCAUUGCACUUUUGCAGCCUCAGGCGCAUGCAGCAUUGCAUACAUACAGCAUUGCACACUCAGCCCUGCACACACAGCAUUGCACACUUGCAUCCCUGCACACGCGCAGGAUCGCAUACCUGCAGCCUUGCACGCGCAGCACUGCAUACGUACAGGGAUGCACUCUUGCAGCCUUGCACACAGCCUUGCACACAUGCAGCCUUGGGCGCAUCCAGCGUUGCAUGCUCGCAGCCUGACACACACAGCAUUGCGUCCAUCCAGGACUGCAUGCUCUCAGCCUUGCACGCUCACAGCAUUGCACGCCCACAGCCCCGCAGCCCCGUGUGCUCACAGCACUGCCGUUCUGCCUGCUUGCACACUCGUGCUGUGCUCCAGCUUUGGAUGCACUCAGCCCACGGAUGCUCUGUGCCACCGCUCUCCUGGCAUUGGCGCAAUGGGAACUUCCAGUGCUUUCAAAGGAAAUCUCAUUCUGAUUUCUCUCUCUCUCUCUCUCUCUCUUUUUCCCCCCCUUUUUAGCAAAAUUAAAUUCAUCAAAGUCUA